CCGUCCCGCGAUCGGCUCUCCUCCUCCCUGUCGAUGAGACGAGGGGCUAUCGGCAGGCCCCCCUCCCGUGAUGGCGAGGCAUGCACUCAAUGGCUUCAUGAUUACACUGUGUUGGGAGACUUUGAUGGUUCUCAUGUUGUUGGUUGCUUAACUUAUAGAAGCGUCUUUUUUUGGGUUCCUAGCUUGGUAUGAAUUUGUUCUUUGUAUCUUGUUCCAAAAUCAAUCUUUUGGAAGGAAAAACUACGAGAAACUAAAAUGAUUAAACAAUUAUGCUAUAAAGCUGCCGAACAAUUGCAAAACCCACUUUGUUUUCUGAUUCAGCAGCGAGGGAUUCACAGCCGGAACAAGAAAGCCAUGGAAUUAGUGGCAAAAGGUUGGAGUGCACUACAGGAAGUUGAUAGGGUCAUUGACUAUGCUGAUCGCAAUGACCAUCGUCUCAUCCCUCUCCUUAGAGGCGCAAAGGAAAAUUUUGAGUUGGCGCUCGAAAUUGACAAUAUGAACACUCAUGCAAGAUACUGGUUGGGCAGGAUGCAUCUCAAGUAUCAUGUUCCCGGGGCUUGUAAAGCGAUUGGAGCAGCCUUAUUGGUGGAGGCUGCAAACAUGGGUGAUCCAGAUGCACAAUACGAACUUGGUUGCCGUCUCCGAGUUGAGAAUGACCAUGUUCAGUCAGAUCAACAAGCUUUCUAUUAUAUCGAAAAGGCUGUUGACCAGUUGCAUCCACGUGCUCUCUAUCUUCUAGGAGCUGUAUAUUUAGCUGGGGACUGUGUGAAGAAAGAUGUUGCUUCAGCUAUAUGGUGCUUCCACAGAGCAUCAGAGAAAGGUCAUGCUGGAGCAGCAAUUGCUUAUGGAUCACUUUUGCUGCAAGGUUAUGAAGUGCCAGAGGUUAUAACCAGGUUUAACUCUGAUAGGAGCCCAUCUACCGGUGCACUGAGGAAGAAAGGGAAGAAAGUUAGGCAGGACCCUUUGGUGCUGGCAAAGGAACAGUUUCAAAUUGCAGCUGAUGCUGGUUGUGAUCUUGGUCUGCGGUGGCUGAAAACGAUUUCUGAUGAUGAGAAGUUACAGCAGCAGACAACCCAGUGAAGUCUCUAUUCAUACCAAUGACUCUUAGCAGUCUAUACUUGUAUCCUAGCGCAGCAACCAACUGAAAAUGUUUAAAUGGGUAAUAAUUUGGCUGGGCAUUGUCUUAUCUUUUUGGUUAAUAUGUCUACCAAACUCAAAUGAUUAGAUUAUACCUCAUCCUUUUGCAUACAAUGUAGCCCCAAUGUCUGUAUUAUUUUUGUGGUAAAGACACGUAUUUGGUUUUAUAA